CCGGCGUCCCAGCCGAGAAGUGUUCGGGCAGCUCGCCCGCCGCUACGACAGCUCAGCCCGGCAGGUAAGCGCUGGGUAGCCUUAGCCCAACUGGCUGGAAGGUUGGGGACCCGUGUCCAAGUUCCUCGGUGGCCCCUGGCUCCGAAACGUCCCCUCCGCGUCUGACACCCCAGAAAGUGCUAGCCGGGUCCGCGUGUCUCGCUGCGCGUCCGUGUAUUGGGGUGGCCCUUGCACCCUGGCUCCAGAACGCGGUGAACAAGUGGCCUUUCUGUCGCCCUACCCUCGUUGUCGAAAACUUAGGGGGAGCAGCUAGAGACCAGGGCGCGGCACUGCCACAGUAGGGCGGCCAGGCUCAGCCAGGGCCGCAGGCAGAAGAUGGCGUCGGCACCUGUCUCCCCGAGGACCCUAGAGUUCGCAUCUGUCCCUCCCUCGGGGAUCCUGGGAUUCGCACCGUCUCUGCCUGAAGACAUGUCGGAGGUGAGAUUUAUGGCCAGAGACGUCAUCAAGACUCUUCCACAGGACCAGGUCCCCCAACCUCCAGUGGCCUCUGAGGCUCCCAGCAUGAAGGAGCCUGUUGGGGGAGAAAAUGUCAGUUCUGUGAGAGACUUGGACCUCAUGGAGUGCCUGGAAGGCAGAAACCAGGUGGCCCUGAGGCUGGCCUGCAUCGGUGAUGAGAUGGACCUGUGUCUGCGGAGCCCCCGUCUGGUCCAGCUGCCCGGGAUUGCUAUGCACAGACUUGCUGUCACCUACAGCCAGACAGGUGUCAGAGGUAUUUUCAGAAGCUUGAUUGGAAGCCUCACCAACCUCAGGGAAAAUAUCUGGUCCUGGAGAGUCUUGACUCCUGGCGCCUGGGUGUCACCUGAUCAGGACCCUGGGCAGCUGUUUCCCAUGGUGCUGCUGGUCCUCUUGCUACUGGGUGGGGCCUGGCAUUUGCAGCUUCAGUGAGGUGCAGAUGGGGCAGGGCUGGCCUCUGCCCCACAACCCCUAGAGGUGCCGGCACCCUAACCAUGCUGUUUUCUGAUCCCCCCCCCCCCUUUUUUUAUAUUUAACUCAGGAUAGUGCUGAGAUUUCAUACAGGUUUUCUGGGUUUUUGUAAGGCAAAUGAAUUCACUAUACCUCAGGAGCGUUACUGGCUAAAUGCCCCUGAGGCCUGGCUGGCCCUUCUCUCUUGACCCCCUGCUACCUUCCUCUCUGCAGGCUGGUCCUGUGGCCACCAGUGGGGGGAGUGCUGGCCACACCCCUGUCUGUGAAGCCUUGAGGCACAGAAUCUACUGGACUAGAUUCCUUUGGGGUGGAGAGUUCAAUAAAGUGUUGCUUCCAGGAGAGUUCGAUAAAAUGUCUCCAG